AUGGUUCCGCUCAUCUUCCCUAGCGCUGUGGCGCCCGCACCGCCUACCUGCACGCCAUCUGGGCCGCCGACGCUCUCCGAGCUACCCGUCGACAGCCGCAACCGCACGCUCUUUGACAUUGGCCUCCGCUCGCACGACGAUGUCCUUGCCGUCAUCAUCCCUCGCGGCUCGGCGCUACCGGCGUCUGGCCGGGUGCUCCUCACCUCGUCGCGGCCGCGCCAGCCAGCCCUCGAGCUCGAGCUGCUCUGCGGCCUCCGGUAUGCAGCGGCGGGAAACUUUGCUCUUGGCAGGCGCGACAGCAGACGGCGCGAGGCUGCGGCGGCGGCGUUUGCGCGCGAUGCCCCCGUGCGGGCGGCGACAGAUCGCUCGCUGCUUCCCGCGCUGUGGAGGUUCGGCAACCUGUACAGCGAGGUGCCCCACCCUGGCUACUACGUCGCCGGCCGCUACUUGCGGCUGGAGCAGCGCACGGCGCCGCUGCAGGCUGUGCCUCGAGGCGCCGACGGCGAGGUGGUGCCCGCCGUGACGGCGGCCAAGGUGUGGCCGAGCGCGUAUGCGAUGCUGCGGGCGAUGGAGGAGCGGGGCGGCGAGGUGGCGGGCUCGCGCGUCCUCGAGCUCGGCGCGGGCACAGGACUCGCGGGCAUGAGCGGCGCAGUCCUCGGAGCCUCGCACGUGGCGCUCACCGACCUCCCCGAGAACUUGCCGCUGCUGCGGCGGAACGCGGCGCUCAAUCGGCUGGAGGGAGACGGCGUCGAGGUUGCCUCUCUCGAUUGGACGCAGCCUCUCCCUGAGGCCUUGCUGGCCGGGGGGUGGGACCUCAUCCUCGCCGCCGAUUGCGUGUUUUGGGAGGUCCUCUUUGAUCCGCUCAUCGCCACGCUGCAAGCGCUGCUCGCCGCCGCCGCCCCCUCCGCCGCCGCCUAUCUCACUGCGACGCACCGCCAGGCGCGGCUCGCCGAGUUUCUUCGCCGGCUCGAUGGCACGGCAAGCCUCGAGAGGGAGGCGCUGCCGCUGCCUCUCGGCCUGCCGGGCACCGAGCUGCACAGAGUGACACUGCGGCGAGGUCAGGCUGUGGCUGAAGGGGGCUGAAACCCCCCGGGCAUCGCACCUCAGUGCACGGGAAGCUCUGCGGGCCGCUGUGACGUGUGAGCUGUGUGUGCACGCUCGCGCGCGUGCUGUGGAGCUGUGCGCGCGAAAACUUAAAAGACCGGUAGCCC